UUUUCAUUUACUUUAUCUCACGAGAUCCCGAAUUGACCAGAGUCGACCUGUUGCUUCGUUCCUGACCAGACUGAAAAAAAAAGUAGAAGAAAAAAAACAAGCAAACCUCACCAUGGUACUUCCGUCUGAAAACACGGUGCCUAUGGUCCAAAUCAACCUUGAAACCGCAGAGGACGGCGAAACCAACGAACGCCCACGAAGCGAUUCCUACUCCCAUGCGGUCGGCGUCGGCAAACAUACGCCAAACCUGGUGGAGAUGCGUGAAGUGGGCCGAGGCGCUAGCGCAGCCACCGAAUCGCCCCGAUCCACCGCCAUGCUGUCCGUGAUGGAGGCGCGCCUCGAUCCGUCGCGUGGAUCGCACACAGACCCCAAGCGCGUCUUGUAUCCGCGAGACUUCAAGCAAGCCUACCGGGGCCAGAGCAUGUCUGACCAAUCCGACGACAGUCUGCUUGUUUCGCGUGCGACAAGCGAGGCACGUCUCUCGGCCGACUCGGAAACGAGCUCGUUGGUAACAGACCCCAAGGACCCGCAGUUUGACAUGCGCCACUACUAUGUCGACUUUGUUGAGCGCUUCUUCCCUGGACGUAUGCUCGGCGCCUUUAUCGAGUUCCGCGAGCUGAACUACUCGGCCAUGGUCAGCACAGAUGUCAACGUCAAGACGUUGUGGACUGACUUUUUGCAGACGACCCGCCUGCGCCCCUCGCCACCCUCCAAGCAGUUCAAGAUUCUCGACAACAUCUCUGGCUACCUCGAGCCGGGUGACAUGGUGGCCAUUUUGGGCGGCCCGCUCAGCGGCAAGUCGACCUUGAUCAAGGCCAUUGCUGACCGUCUGCCCGAGAAGAUUGGUGGCUCGAUUCGCGUCAACGGCCAGCAGGUGCCAGAAAACUUCAACCGCAUCUGCGGGUACGUGCCCCAGAUCGACGUGCACAAUCCCACCCUGACAGUGCGCGAGACGUUCGAGUUUGCCGCCGAGCUGCAGCUUCCGCGCGAGAUGCCUACCGAAGAAAAGUCGCGUCACAUUGACGUCAUCCUCAAGCUGCUUGGCCUCGAGCACGCUGCCAACACCCUCGUUGGCAACCCUCUCAUCCGUGGCGUGUCGGGUGGCGAGAAGAAGCGAGUCACCGUCGGCAUCGAGAUGCUCAAAACACCCAACAUGCUGCUGCUCGACGAGCCGACGACCGGCCUUGAUUCCGCCGCUGCCUACAACGUUCUGUCUCACGUGCGCUCGAUCGCGGACGUGGGCUUCCCGUGCAUGGCUGCGCUACUCCAGCCCUCUCGCGAGCUGUACGAGCUGUUCAACCGCGUUCUCAUUCUCUCGCAGGGCAGCAUUGUCUACUUUGGCCCUCGCGAGAAGGCACUUGACCACUUUGCCAGCCUUGGCCUCCACUGCCCCGAGGCCAUGAACCCUGCCGAGUUCCUUGCACAGUGCUGCGAUCAUCCCGAAAAGUUUGUGUCGCCCGAGCUGAGUGUCCAGCUGUCGACCAGCUUUUUUGUGGAAAAGUACAAGAGCAGCGACAUGUAUGCCUCGCUUGGCCGCCGUCUGUGGAAGGGUGUUGCUCCCCGCGACAGCCCUCCCGCGGCCCACGUCGAGAACUUUGGCAAGUAUCCGACCGAGCUCUGGCGCCAGUUCAAGCUCACCCUGCGGCGUGCCCUCAAGAUGCAGUUCCGCGACCCUGCCUCCUUCCAAGCUCGUAUCGGACGCGGCAUUAUCAUGGGCCUGCUGCUUGGUCUUGUGUUUUUGCAGCUCGGCAACGACCAGCUCGAUGCUCGCAACAAGCUCGGCGUGGCCAUGGUUGUCGUUGGUCAUCUUGGUUUUAUGAGUACCGCCUCCAUCCCGCAGCUGCUUGAAGAGCGUGCAGUCUACCUGAGUCAAAGAAAAGCCAAGUACUUCCAGCCUUUCGCCUACUUUAUGGCCGUCAACAUUGCCGAUCUGCCAAUCCUCUUCAUCGAGGGCUCGCUGUUCUCGGUCAUGGUCUACUUUAUUGUUGGCCUUCAGGCUGAGGCUGGUGCCUUCUUUUACUUUUACUUUAUGGCGGUCGCUGCUGCGCUUUGGUCGACCACUCUUUCGCGCGGUCUGUCUGCAGUCAUGCCCUCCUUCAACAUUGCCAACGCCGUCAUCCCAUCAAUCAUUGUGAUGUUCUUCCUGUUUGCCGGCUUCUUGCUCCCACCCGACGCCAUCCGCAACUUUUGGAUUUGGAUGUACUGGAUCUCGCCCAUGCACUACGCCAUCGAGGGUCUUGCGCUGAACGAGUUUUCUGGUCGCAUGAUUGAUUGCUCGCCUUCACAACUCAUCCCUCCGUCGUCUUCGCCUCUGUUCAAUCUGCCGUUCGCUGACGGUGGCUUCAACGGAACUCAGGUGUGCCCCUUCCCCACUGGCGACGGCUUCCUGCAGUCCUACGGCAUGAACCUCGGCGAUACCUGGAAGACCUGGGACAUUAUUAUUGUCUACAUUUACUGGCUUGCCGCUCUUGUCGUGUCCUUCUUUUGCAUCAAGUACCCGCGCGAGGUGGACUUGCACAACCCGCAUCUCGACGACGAGGAUUCUCGUACUCGCCGCCGUGAGCUCCUGGCCAAGAAGAUUGUGGAACGUCGUGCCACCGACGCUGCCUUUGCUCAGGGCCUCCUGGCCCACACGCAGCAAAUGGUCGAGGAAGGUCGUAGCGCUUCAGACGCCGCCGCUUCGGUGCAUGCUGCAGUGGUUGCGCGCCUGGCUCCCGAGCAGAAGGCCUUUAUGGAAUUCAGCGACCUCAAGUACCAGGUGCAAGCCAUGGGCGAUGACAAGAAGCUCUACACCAAAACUCUGCUGACCGACAUUAACGGCUAUGUCAAGCCAGGCAUGCUGGUCGCCUUGAUGGGCCCUUCUGGCGCUGGCAAAACCACCCUGCUGGACGUGCUCGCCGACCGCAAGACCGGCGGUACCGCGACGGGCUCCAUCCUCGUGAACGGUGCUCCGCGCAACGAGUACUUUAAGCGCAUUUCUGGCUACUGCGAGCAGCAAGACAUUCACUUUUCCCAGCACACCGUCAAGGAAGCCAUCACCUUUGCCGCCAUGUGCCGUCUCCCUGACUCCCUUUCGGUCGAGGAGAAGCACGCCCGCGUCCACAAGGUCAUGUACGAGCUUGACAUGGAAGACAUUGCGGACGAUCUGAUUGGCACAAUGACGGAGGGUGGACUUUCGCCCGAGCAACGCAAGCGCUUGACGAUUGCUGUCGAGCUGGUCGCCGAUCCGCCGCUGCUCUUCUUGGACGAGCCCACCUCUGGCCUCGAUGCGUUCGGCGCUGCGCUUGUCAUGAACAAGAUCCGCCAGAUUGCGCAGACUGGCCGCGCAGUCAUUUGCACCAUCCACCAGCCUUCGGCCGAGAUUUUCGGCAUGUUUGACCACCUGCUGCUUCUCAAGAAGGGUGGCUUCCAAGUGUUCUUUGGACCUGUUGGUGAGGGCGCUUCUCUGCUGCUGGCCUAUGUCAAGAAGCACUUUGGCAUCGCCUUCGAGCACGACCGCAAUGUUGCCGACUGGGUUUUGGACACUGUCUGCGAAACCGACUCUGUCGACAGCGCGCAGCAGUGGUGCGAGUCUGUGCAGUACCGCCAGACCAAGGACGCGCUUGCCAAGGGCGUGUGCACUCCUGACGUGAGGCCACCUCAUUUUGCCGACGCCCAGUUCGCCUCCAGCUUCCGCACUCAAAUUCAACAGGUCUUUGCCCGCACGUGGCUGAUGACUUGGCGCAACCCCGCAGUGUUCAAGACUCGUCUUGCAACCUUCAUUGUUGUCUCUCUGGUUCUUGGCUCGCUGUUCUGGCAGCUCGAGUACAAUCCGAUUGGCGCGAAUGGUCGAGUGGGCAUGAUGUUCUUCACCGUCGUGUUUGCCGCUUUCAUCUCCCAAUCUGCGAUCGGUGAUGUGCUGGAACUGCGCGCUGUCUUUUAUCGCGAGAAAGCCAGUGGCACCUACCGAACAUCGGCGCUGUCGCUCAGCCUGCUGUUGUGCGACUACCCCUUCCACAUUAUCUACAUGCUGUGCUACACGCUUCCGUUCUACUGGAUGAGCGGCAUGAGCUCCGAGCCCGGCCGGUUCUUUUACUUUAUGCUCAUCUUCUUUGUGACGUACAUGUCGUCGUACACGUAUGCGCAGUCGAUUGCCGUCUUCUCUGCGAACGCAGCUGUUGCGAACGUGAUUGCACCCACCCUGUCGACUUUCUUCUUCCUGCUCUCUGGCUUUUUCAUUCCGCUCGAGUCCAUGUCGUGGGUCUGGCGUUGGUUUGCCUACAUCAACUACCUGUUUUACGCUGUCGAAGCGCUGACUGUGAACGAGUUCCGCGGUAUUGACCUUGAAUGCACUGGCGGCGCCGCUGUGCCGAUCGUCAACCCUUACAACUCGACCGAAGUCAACUAUUUCUGCGCCAUCAACUCUGGCGAUGAUUUGCUGAAUCAAUUCAACCUGGCCGAUCGCUUGUGGGGCGAUUUUGGCAUCCUGGUUGGAUUCUACGCGGCUUUUGCUGCUUUGGUUUUGCUCGGUCUUCGAUACUACUCGGCUCUCAAGCGUUAGUCCAAGCUCCUUGAGUCGAGCAACACUUUUUUUUUUGCUUGGUGUACUUUUAUUUGAGAGAUUCAUUGUGCUUUUUGGGGAAAAAACAAAAACAAUCUGUUGUGCUUUGAAUCGAUACGGUCUGACAGUGCAAGACCUUUGUCGCUAUUGUAUUUGUGCGAAUGAAGCAA